UGCCGCCACCCGCCGGCGCAUGCGCGAGUGCGGGUGAGAGGUCGGCAAGAUGGCGGCGGCCUCGUCAGUGGAUGAGGCGCCGGACAACGAGGACUAUUACUCGCUGCUGAACGUGCGGCGGGAGGCCUCUCAGGAAGAGCUGAAAGCCGCCUACCGUAGGCUGUGUAUGCUGUACCAUCCUGACAAGCACAGGGACCCAGAGCUCAAGAGGCAGGCCGAGCAGCUCUUCAACCUUCUCCAUCAGGCUUAUGAAGUGCUCAGUGACCCACAGACGAGAGCCAUCUAUGACAUAUAUGGAAAGAGAGGCCUCGAAAUGGAAGGAUGGGAGGUGGUGGAAAGGAGGAGGACACCUGCUGAGAUCAGGGAGGAAUUUGAGCGUUUGCAGAGAGAGAGGGAAGAGAGGAGGCUUCAGCAGCGGACUAACCCCAAGGGGACAAUUAGCGUUGGAAUAGACGCCACUGACCUCUUUGAUCGGUACGAUGAGGAGUACGAAGAAGUGCCAGGGAGCAGCUUUCCCCAUGUUGAAAUUAACAAAAUGCACAUAUCGCAGUCCAUUGAGGCUCCACUGACGGCCACAGACACUGCGAUAUUGUCAGGAAACCUCUCAACGCAGAACGGGAAUGGAGGCGGCUCUGUGAACUUGGCUCUGAGGCGUGUGACGUCUGCCAAAGGCUGGGGAGAGAUAGAGUUCGGAGCUGGAGACCUCCAGGGGCCUUUGUUUGGCCUGAAGGUGUUUCGGAAUCUUACACAAAGAUGCUUUGUCACGACAAACUGUGCACUGCAGUUCUCCUCCCGAGGAAUCCGCCCAGGCCUUACGACCGUCCUGGCAAGGAACCUGGACAAGAACACCAUGGGCUACUUGCAGUGGCGCUGGGGCAUUCAGUCGGCAAUGAAUACGAGCAUCGUCCGGGACACCAAAACCAGCCACUUCACAAUGGCGUUUCAGCUGGGCAUCCCUCACUCCUUCAUGAUGGUCAGUUACCAGCACAAGUUUCAGGACGAGGAUCAGACGCGAGUAAAAGGAUCUCUCAAAGCUGGUUUCUUUGGGACCAUCGUGGAAUAUGGGGCGGAGCGGAAAAUCUCCCGGCACAGCGUCCUUGGAGCCACCGUCAGUGUGGGUGUACCCCAGGGAGUCUCUCUGAAAAUCAAGCUGAACCGAGCCAGCCAGACCUACUUCUUCCCCAUCCACUUGACGGACCAGCUGCUGCCCAGCGCGGUCUUCUACGCCACGGCGGGGCCCCUCGUCAUCUACUUCGCCAUGCACAGGCUCAUCAUCAGGCCCUACCUGAGGGCGCAGAAGGAGAAAGAAUUGGAGAAGCAGCGAGAGAGCACGGCCAGCGACACUUUCCAGAAGAAACAGGAAGCAGAAGCCGCAGUGCGGUUGAUGCAGGAAUCUGUCCGGAGAAUUAUUGAGGCUGAAGAAGCCAGGAUGGGCCUGAUUGUGGUGAAUGCUUGGUACGGGAAAUUCGUCAAUGACCAGAGCAGGAGGAACGAGAAGGUGAAGGUCAUAGACGUGACUGUGCCCUUGCAGUGCCUGGUGAAAGACUCCAAGCUCAUCCUUACAGAAGCAUCCAAGGCCGGCCUGCCUGGGUUCUACGACCCUUGUGUCGGGGAAGAUAAGAGCCUGAAAGUCCUCUACCAGUUCCGAGGAGUCCUGCAUCAAGUGAUGUCUGGUGACAACGAGGCCCUUCGGAUACCAAAGCAGUCUCACCGGAUUGAUGCAGACAGCUAAUCUGGUGGGGAAGAGGGCAGGUGCUGAGUUCUGUGCCCAGGAGCCAGCAGAUAUGGCACCAUCUUUCCUCCCUGGAUUUGGUGAUGUCUUCAGAUGAGUGGGGAUGCAACUUAUUUCCUGAUCGGCGCGGAAGGUGGUUUGACACCCAACGUAACAUUGUGGGACAAAAUGAGAGGAAUCUGCUCUAACGAGACAGUGGCACCCAGACCCUGCAGCUGGGGGCCGUUGCUUGACUGGCACAGCUGACGAUGGCCAGCAUUUCCAGCCUGCCCCUGUCAACGCAAGGGGGCGGGCUGCAGACUAGGAGCCCCCCUUUCCCCUGCAGCAACCAGUGUCCUCUUCAGCGGGGGGAACCUUGGGGCAGGUGGCCAGGGGGGGGCAGGGCGGG